AGACCGCUCAGAAGACACGAACUUGCCUAUUUCAUUUCCAACCCCGCUGACGACACUCCCCUCCGCCCCUCCCCCGCUAACGGCGUCCGCCACCGCCUCACGGCUUAGACCCCGCCCACGUCAAGAUGGCCGCUCCCUCGCUGCUGGGUUGCGGCCGAGCGGCGACCCGUGAGGUGUUGCGGCUGGAGGCUCGGGGGCUGCGAGGAGCGGCCCCCUCCGCGGCGCUCUGCACCAAGCCGGUGGGCUCCCGGAUGCCGCCAACGAAUGUAGUGGCACCACAGGGAAGCACCAAGCUGCUAGCCAUGAAGGCACCAGUUGAAUUUCCUAAAAUGUUGUCUUCCAGCUCUCUCCUAGUAUCUGCAAACAAAGGUGAGAGCAUAUCUAGUACUAACCUUGAGAAAGCUUCAAAACCUUCUGCUGAAGAUGUGAGGAUGUUCAUGUCAAGAAAAACUGUGGUUGCAUUUCCUCAGCGAGUAGUUGUUUCUUCCCUUGAGGAGGAAAACCUCACUACACCUGCAACAGAAGGAGUCUUGAGGAAAGAGUUAGUUGAGGAAGAAAUUUCAUCUUCAUCCAGCUCAGAUUCAGAUUCUAGCUCAGAUUCUGAGCAAGAAAAUGAUGAUGACUCAGAAGUUGCCGUUAAAACCAAAGUUGAGUUUCCUAGACGAGAUUCCAUGUUUUCUGAGAACAUAGCAGUAAAGGCAUCAAUGCUAGCAAAAGAGAACUUGUCCAAGAAAUCCCACAAAAAAUAUGUAGCUAAGAAGAAGCCAUGCAAAACAGAAACUGAUGUGUCUCCUGUCAAGCAGGUCGCAUUUUCUAAAACAUCAGUUAGCCAUGAAACAUCAAAAUCCAAAGCAAGAGACCCCAAAGUAAAAUCAGCUCCAAAAGAAGCAGAUCGGCAGAAGCUGGUCUUAGACCCACACAUGGUUGACAGCCAAGACCUGACCGAUGUCACUCAUAAAUCUGAUUAUUUGGAGGAAAAGUCCAUUGGAACACAAGUAGCAGCUAUCCAGCUGAAAGCUUCAUCAGUGACUCAGGAAGACAAAAAGCAAAAACUGGUAUCCAGAGGAGAACAAAAAAAGGUGAAGGAGGCACAGGAGUCAGAAGCAGAAGUAGUAGCUGCUCCUAAACUAGAAGAGGAGACUUCUGAAAGCACAGUGUCGGUGAUGGGCACUACAGCAAAGGAGGAGACCAUGCAGGACACAGGAGUCCAGGAUGGAGAAAGAAGCACAAUUGAGGAGACCACAGCAGCUGCUGAGCCUGCUCCAGAAGAAUUUGAUAAUUCUACCUACAAGAACCUUCAGCAUCAUGAAUAUAACAUUUAUACCUUUGUUGAUUCUGUUGUGGUUCUCUCAAAAUUCAGGCAGCCUCAGCCAUCUUCUGGAAGACCAUCACCAAGGCACUGAAAGAACCACAUUCAAAACAAAUGCCCAGGCAGAAUGAUAAAUUGUUCUAUUUAGCACUGUUGCUUCAUCUGUAUUAUAAAUCAAUCAUAAAUAAUAAAUAGAUGCAUGAUAACUUA